AUGCACUUGCGGUUUUAUCUCAUCAUUUAUCAUCAAGGGGCAGCAGGUCACGAUGUGGAACGUUGUUAUGCCCUCAAGAAAGAGGUCCAAAAACUGCUCAAUAGCAAAGAGUUAACUUUCGCCGACCCUGAUCAUGUUGCCCAGAACAAUCCUCUGCCUCCCCAUGGGCCUGUUGUUAAUAUGAUUCAAGAUUGUCAGGAAGAUGCUUGCAUUCUCUACGCAUGUGACAUCAAGACCCCUUUGGUACCGAUACAUGUGAAAAUGUGUGAAGUAGCUCUCUUCAGUCAUGAUCACGAGGGUUGUGAGGUGUGUUCGGUGGAUCCUCGUGGUUGCAUGCAAGUCCAAAAUGAUGUGCAAGGUCUCCUAGAUAAAAAGGAACUUGUGGUUACAAAGGAAAUCAAGAGCAAAAGUGUUUGUGUUGUCACCCCAAUAUUCAGAGCUAGGAGGCCGCUUGUGAUAAACGCUAACAGUACAAAGCCCGCUGGCACUCCUCUGGUAAUCUGUGUCCCUAGGCCUGUACCUCUUUCCUCUCAGAAAGCCGUACCUUACAAAUAUGAAGGCACAAUUCUUGAACCCGGAAGUGAAACGACCUCACCAUCUGUUGUGGACAAUAUUGCCGAGAGUAGUCAGAUUUUGAGAAGCGGCCGCGUUCUUCCUGUUGUGGUUCAGAAAAGCACUAGUAUCUCGAUUGAAGAAACAGUAAAGGAGCAGAACACAGGUAAAGGUAGAGUUGGGGAGCAUCCCAAAGAGAUUGACUAUGAGGAUGCUGAUGAAAUCUUAAAGCUGAUCAAGAGGAGCGAGUACAGGGUUGUGGACCAGUUGUUACAAACCCCUGCAAAGAUUUCCAUUAUGUCUCUGUUAUCAAGCUCUGGUGCUCAUCGAGAUGCCCUGAAGAAAGUACUGGACCAGGCUUUUGUGGAUUAUGAUGUGACUUUGGGCCAGUUUGAAAGUAUUGUGGGGAAUGUGACCGCAUGUAACAGUCUGAGUUUCAGUGAUGAAGACCUCCCAGCGGAGGGGAAGAAGCACAAUCAGGCGUUACUCAUCUCUGUACUUUGCAUAACAGACUCUUUAUCCAAUGUUCUAAUAGACACCGGCUCUGCUCUUAAUGUAAUGCCCAAAUCAACCCUUGACCAAUUGACAUAUUCCGAGGCUCUCUUGAGGCCCAGUAAGGUGACGGUGAGGGCAUUUGAUGGGACCAGAAGAUCAGUAUAUGGUGAGAUAGAUUUGCCCAUCUCAGUCAGCCCACAUGAGUUUCAGGUUACUUUUCAAGUCAUGGAGAUCCAGGCUUCUUUCAGUUGUUUGCUUGGCAGACCAUGGAUUCAUGACGCUGGGGCAGUGACAUCCACUCUCCACCAGAAGCUAAAAUUUGUAAGCCAUGGAAAGCUCAUCACUGUGAGUGGCGAGUCAGCCUUUUUGAUCAGCAAUUUGUCUGCUUUCUCUGUUAUUGGUGGUAGUAGUUCAGAUGGGUCAUCAUUCCAAGGUUUCUCUGCUGAAGGAAGUGUAGGUAAGAUUGAGACUUGUAUGGCUUCGUUGAAGGACGCACAGAGGGUAAUCCAGGAAGGCAAAACCGAAGUUUGGGGUCAGCUAGUGGAGUUACCAGAGAACAAGCGCAAGGAAGGGGUUGGUUUUCUUAACAGUAGGUCUGGGAAGUUUGACCCUACCGAAGGCUCUUUCCGCAGUGCCGGAUUCAUCCACGAUUCAUCAGAGAUCAAUGCAAUUACCGAUGAUGCGCCUGGAGGAGUGGCACCUGUCUUUGUAACACCUGGAGGAGCAUGCUGCAACUGGAUUGCUAUGGACAUUCCUUCUGUGAUACCCCGAUCUAAACUGAACAUAAGCGAGCCCGUUGAACACAGUAACCCCAUGCUUCCUCCCAACUUUGAGGUCCCGGUUUACGAGGCUAUAGUAGAGGAUGAUGAGGAGAUUCCUGAUGAGAUCAGAUGGAUGUUGGAACAAGAAAGAAAGACAAUUCAACCUCAUCAAGAAGAGGUAGAAAUCAUCAAUCUGGGUACUGAGGAAGAUAAAAAAGAGAUCAAGAUUGGGGCAUUGUUAGAGGUAUCUGUCAAGAAGAGGAUAAUUGAGCUUCUCAGAGAGUAUAAUGAGAUAUUUGCAUGGUCAUACAAGGACAUGCCGGGUCUAGAUCCUGAUGUUGUGGAACACAGACUGCCUUUGAAGUCUGAGUGUCCUCUAAUUGAUGCAGGUUUCCUAGUCACAUCAGAGUAUCCUCAAUGGUUGGCCAACAUAGUGCCCGUUCCAAAGAAAGAUGGCAAAGUCAGAAUGUGUGUUGAUUAUCGGGACUUGAACAAGGCUAGUCCGAAGGAUAAUUUCCCUUUACCUCACAUUGAUGUAUUGGUUGAUAACACUGCUAAGUGCAAGGUUUUCUCCUUCAUGGACGGUUUCUCCGGCUACAAUCAGAUCAGGAUGGCUCCUGAGGAUAGAGAAAAGACGUCUUUCAUCACGCCCUGGGGUGCUUUCUGCUAUGUGGUGAUGCCAUUUGGUUUGAUAAAUGCUGGUGCCACUUACCAAAGGGGCAUGACCAAAAUCUUUCAUGAUAUGAUUCACAAAGAAAUUGAAGUCUACGUAGAUGAUAUGAUUAUUAAGUCUGGCACAGAAGAAGAACAUGUUGAUCAAAAGGGUAUUGAAGUUGAUCCCGACAAGGUCAGAGCCAUCAGAGAAAUGCCUGUUCCAAAGACAGAGAAGCAAGUCAGAGGUUUUAUUGGAGACUCAAUUAUAUCUCCAGAUUUAUCUCUCACAUGA